CUGCUCAAUUCUUUAUACUAUAUCUGGUAUCUAGUCUUCUAUUGUUUUACAUUAAUGCCAAGCUGUGUCAAAGCUAGCACAAAGAUGAAAGCCAAAUUAUAAUUAAUACAGCACACCCCACCAAUCUUCCUCCUCAUUCAUCAAUCUCUCUGUACAGAUUUCAAAUCUAACAUUCUCUUCCUUCCCUCUUCUUCUUGCAUUUCCCUUCUCCCUACAGAGAUUGAAGAACAGCUCGGAAUGGCCCUUUGGCCAUUCACAUCUACUCUCUUCCUUUGCCUUAUCGCAUCCAUGGCCUCGCUUUCUGAUUCCAAAGCCUUCUCCUUUGAGGAGAACUUUGUCAUUACCGGAGCAAAAGAGAACUUCAAAGCCUCACCUGAUGGUCAAGUAUGGCACCUCUAUCUUGAUCAGCAGAAAGGAUGCGGAUUUCAGACGAAACAGAGAUACAGAUUCGGUUGGUUCAGCAUGAAGCUGAAGCUGGUGGGAGGAGAUUCAGCUGGAGUAGUGACUGCUUAUUAUAUGUGUUCGGAUUUGGACGCUGGGUUGAAGCGAGAUGAGGUUGAUUUUGAGUUUCUCGGGAAUAGGAGUGGGGAGCCAUAUACAGUUCAAACUAAUGUGUAUAUGGGAGGAGUUGGGGGGAGGGAGAUGAGGCACAUGCUUUGGUUUGAUCCUACAACUGAUUUCCACACUUAUUCGAUUCUUUGGAACUUUCAUCGUAUUGUCUUCUUCGUGGACAGAGUAGCCAUAAGAGUCUACAGUAACAACGGGAAGCCGAACGGCUUCUUCCCCCACGAGAAGCCGAUGUACAUAUUCUCAAGCAUAUGGAACGCCGACGAUUGGGCGACCAGAGGAGGGCUGGAGAAGACGAACUGGAAGAACUCUCCAUUCGUCUCAACAUACAAAGAGUUCGGCUUGGAUGGCUGCCAGUGGGAGGACCCUUACCCGCCCUGCGUUUCGACCACCGCGAAGCACUGGUGGGAUCAGUACGAGGCUUGGAUGCUUGAUGACGACCAGCUGGAGGACUUCGUAUGGGUGGGGAGGAACCUUGUUAUCUAUGAUUACUGUAAGGAUGCCGAGAGGUACCCUGUGUUGCCGGAGGAAUGUAGUUUGUAGAGUCUAUUAUUGCUUCUGUUUGUUAGGAGGGAUGAAGGUUUGGGAUGGAGGGGAUGGUCGUUGUAUUUGUGGGAUGAUUUACAUACAUAUAUACCACGCAAUUCCAAUGCAGUUACAACUAGAUCUAAUACAUAAACUCCCAACUUCUGCAUAUAUAUCAACCCUUUAGCUAUAUGUAUGAAAAUUUAUAUUUCAUUUUGCAAGAGUUUUGGGUGAUAUACAUGUAGAAAACAAAGUUUAGAUAUUAGAUGUGUAAAAUAAAUGAGAAUUUGGUGUUUACAU